AUGCAGCCGGGUCCAAACUCUCGAGAGUCGACCUUUCUUUCCCCGCCGCCGCCGACGCCGCCGCCGCUGCUGCUCGCCGCCUUGUCCUCCGUGUCUCGUGUGGGGCCACCCUCGAGCCGACAAACCUCGAGGCCCCCCCCCAACCCAAGGACGGGGCCCGACGGAAGGGGCCCCGGCUGCUGCUCACGACUUGCAGCUUCCCGACCGACAUCCGCUCACGCCCCUUCGGGUAUACCACCCCCUGGACAAGUCCCUGUUGUCGGCAUGGUCGGCCUGAGACUGGCUGGCCCUCCUCCUGGCCCGGAUACAUAG